AUGGUCACAGAGGUGGAGAUAGAGGUCCUUCUUCGACCGGAACUUAGAAAGCAAGGGCUCGGGCCCGCCGGCGGCCCGGGAUAUCAGAUCGCGAUAAUCCGAGGGCAGGAAGCGAUCCCAAACGGUGUCGUACUCGGAGGCGAUGCGGAAGUUGGACGCGACCGCCGACAGCCGGCAGGCGUCCUUAGGGCUUGUGAGCGAAAGGGCGUUGGCAAUGCAGUCCUCCGGCAGCGCGUGUAUGUCACCGCAGCUCUCCACCGCCAUUUUCGUCGAUCUUCGCAAAAUCGUCACACAGAUAAUAUGGCAAUUGGCGGGGCCGUUUAUAUAAUGGUCGUUGAAAUGGGCACCGGAUUCGGGCCCUGGCCUGAGAUGAAAGACUCGGCGGCGGCGAUAUACAAGAUCGCGUUCUUCGGAGACCUACCGGAGACUCCCAAUUUUGGGAUUUGA